GUUAAUGUGAACUCAGUGUGCCUGGACGUACAUAACAGCAACUAAAUCCCCAUAAGAUGAAUUUUUAAUGGUGCUUGCUACUGUGGCUUAUGCAUGCCCCUUCCCCCCCUUUUUCUGGUCUAAAUGGUAUGUUCCUCUCAGUGUGACGGCCAUAGUCCCCCAGCACCACCACCACCACACCACCUCCCCUCCUCCUCCUCCUCCUCUUCCUCCAAAGCCCUGUACACCCCACCCGGUGUCAGGGGGGAUCAGCUGUGCCAGUCCCGGCAGGCCACACACACACAGAGCGCUGGCUGGCAAACAAAGCCCCUGGCACUGCCAAUGAAGACAAGCCAUGCCUCCGCGCUUAGCCUCUCCUCUUCUCACGCCGCCGUGAGGGGAAGGCAUGACACCAUUGUCGUCGGGUUGCCAUAUCAGAGAGACGACAGUUUUUUGAGGGAGAGGAGACGGUCUUGGUUUACAGUGGAAUAUUUUUCUCCUCUUAUGCUGCUGAUGAGUUGAGAUGCUCGCGGAGCGAAGAGAGAACAGCAGGGCUGCCUUUGCCCUGACAAAGCCGCUCAAGAUGAACAUGGUGAAGAGGAUCAUGGGGCGGCCGAGGCAGGAGGAGUGCAGCCCCCAGGACAACGCGCUGGGCCUGAUGCACCUGCGACGCCUGUUCUCAGAACUGUGCCACCCUCCUCGCCACAUGACCCAGAAGGAGCAGGAGGAGAAGCUCUAUAUGAUGCUUCCUGUGUUUAACAGGGUCUUUGGGAAUGCUCCGCCCAGCAGCAUGACGGAGAAGUUCUCCGACCUGCUGCAGUUCACCACCCAGGUCUCGAGGCUCAUGGUGACUGAGAUCAGACGAAGAGCCUCCAAUAAAUCAACAGAGGCAGCCAGUCGAGCCAUAGUCCAGUUCCUGGAGGUGAACCAGAGUGAGGAGGCGAGUCGCGGCUGGAUGCUUCUGACCACCAUCAACCUGUUGGCCUCCUCCGGACAGAAAACGGUGGACUGCAUGACGACCAUGUCCGUACCCUCCACGCUGGUCAAAUGUCUCUACCUGUUCUUCGACCUGCCCCACAUGGCCGAGGCCCCGGUGGGCCCCACCCCGCAGCCGCCGCCCCCACCGCCGCCCACACAGGAGAAGACCCCAGGCCAGGGCCACACCCAGCCGGAGCUGCCCCUGGCCGAUCGCAGGGCACUGCUACAGAAAGUCUUUGUCCAGAUCCUGGUGAAGCUCUGCACCUUCGUGUCUCCGGCGGAGGAGCUGGCCCAAAAGGACGACCUCCAGCUGCUGUUCAGUGCCAUCACCUCCUGGUGCCCCCCCCACAACCUGCCGUGGAGGAGGAGUGCCGGCGAGGUGCUCACCACCAUCUCCCGACACGGCCUCAGUGUCAACGUGGUCAAAUACAUACAUGAGAAGGAAUGCCUGUCCACAUGUGUUCAGAACAUGCAGCAGUCUGAUGAUCUCUCCCCUCUGGAGAUUGUCGAGAUGUUCGCCGGCCUCUCCUGCUUUCUCAAAGACUCCAGCGACGUUUCACAGACCCUGCUGGAUGAUUUCCGGAUGUGCCAGGGUUACGCCUUCCUCUGCGACCUCAUGCUCAGACUGGAACAGGCUAAGGAAGACGAAUCAAAAGAUGCACUGAAGGACCUGGUGAACCUGGUCACCUGUCUCACCACGUACGGGGUGACGGAGCUGAAACCUGCUGGCCUGACAACCGGAGCCCCCUUCCUGCUGCCUGGCUUCGUUCUUCCACAGCCUUCUGGGAAAGGCCACACAGUGCGUAAUAUCCAGGCCUUCGCGGUGCUUCAGAACGCCUUUCUGCGGGCUAAAACAAGCCGCCUGGCCUGUAUGCUACUGGACGCCAUUGGGAACAUCUACGCAGCCGAGCCGGCCAACUACUUCAUCCUGGAGUCGCAGCACACCCUGUCGCAGUUUGCGGAGCGCGUGGCCAAGCUCCCCGAGGCCCAGGCCAAGUACUUUGAGCUGCUGGAGUUUGUCGUCUUCAGCCUCAACUACGUGCCGUGCAAGGAGCUGUUCAGCGUCAGCGUGCUGCUCAAGUCGAGCACGUCGCACGCCUGCAGCAUCACGGCCGUCCGGACGCUGCUGAAGCUGGCCAGGCACGACCCGGUGUUCAGCGACGUGCUGCGGGAGGUCGGCCUGCUGGAGGUGCUGGUCAACCUGCUGCACAAGUAUGCUGCCUUGCUUAAAGACCCGGCCACGCAGCAACAACCACACAAUAAUGACCAAGCUGACUGUAAAAACAACACAGUAGCAGAGGAGCAGAAGCAGUUGGCCUGGCUAGUGAUGGAGACACUGACUGUGCUGCUGCAGGGCUCCAACACCACCAACACUAACGCAGCCCUUUUCAGAGAGUUCGGCGGCGCUCGCUGUGUUCACAACAUCGUGAAGUACCGUCAGUGUCGGGAACACGCCCUGCUCAUCAUCCAGCAGCUCGUCCUGUCGCCCAGCGGUGACGACGACAUGGGGACCCUGCUGGGCCUGAUGCACUCUGCACCGUCCAGUGAACUACAGCUGAAGACAGACAUACUGAGGGCUUUGUUGGCAGUGUUGCGCGAGAGUCACCGCACCCGGACGGUUUUCCGCAAGGUGGGCGGCUUCGUCUACGUCACCUCUCUGCUGGUGGCCAUGGAGCGCUCGCUGUGCCAGCCGCCGCGACACGGCUGGGAGCGCGUCAACCAGAACCAAGUGUUCGAGCUCCUGCACACCGUCUUCUGCACGCUCACCGCCGCCAUGCGCUACGAGCCCGCCAACUCACACUUCUUCCGCACGGAGAUCCAGUUCGAGAAGCUGGCUGAUGCUGUGAGGCUGCUGGGCUGUUUCUCAGACAUGAAGAAGCUCGGUCCCACGGCCGUGUUCCCCUCAAACGCUCAGCCUUUCCAGAGGCUGCUGGAGGAUGAGGCUGCCCCUGGAGGCUGCGCAGGAGACAGCGUCUGUCCCACACUCAAACACUGCAGCAAGCUCUUCAUCUACCUGUACAAGAUGGCCACCGACUCUUUUGACAGUCGUGCGGAGCAGGUGCCUCCCUGCCUGACUCAUGAGACCUCGCUGCCCUCGCCGUGGGGCACGCCAGCACUCGCCAGGAAGAGACAAGGCUACUAUGGUAUGUCGGGCCCCCCUGCCCCAGUCAAAGCCCUCACAGACCUGAAACUCCACCUAACCAACCCCUCCCACCCCGCCGCCUCCUCGUCUUCGUCCGACAUGGUGGUCAUUCACGCGGGGGCCGUCCUGGCCAUGCUGGACCUGCUGCCCUCUGUCUCCUCCGACAGCCAGCCAGAGCAUGCUCUCGACCUGCAGCUGGCGGUGGCCAACAUCCUCCAGCUCCUGGUGAACAGCGAGAGGAACCAGCAGGUGUUGUGUGAAGCCUGCCUCCACCAGCGGCUGCUGCAGCGCUGCAGUCAGGCCCUGGGCGAUGAGGACCACCCGCUGCACCCGCCGCUGCAGAGGAUGUUUGAGAGGCUGGCCUCGCAGGCCCUGCAGCCGAUGGCACUCAGGGAGUUCUUACGUCUCGGAAACCCUCUGAACUGUGGCGCCUGGGACAAGAAGCUACUGAAGCAGUACAGAGUCCACAAACCGAGCUCUCUCAGCUACGACGUGGAGAUGAGAAACAGUAUGACCAUGUCCAUGGAGGGCUUCGGCCCCGACAGCGUCUUCGCCACCCCAGCGGAGGAUAACGGCCAGUACCGCAUCAGCCGCAGCCUGGUGCGCUCCGCCGAGGGCAGCACCGUACCUCUCACCCGAGUCAAGUGCCUGGUGUCCAUGACAACACCCCAUGACAUCCGCCUACACGGAUCGGCCGUCACGCCUGCGUUUGUGGAGUUUGACACCUCGCUGGAGGGCUUCGGGUGCUUGUUUCUGCCCAGUCUGGCGCCGCACAAUGCUCCCACCAACAACACCAACGCCUCAGGUGUCAGCGAUGGAGCAGUGCUGAGUGGGAUGGGUACAGGAGAGCGUUUGUUUCCUCCUCCGUCAGGCCUGAGCUACUCCACCUGGUUUUGCGUCGAGCGUUUCAGCGCGGCUCCUCAGGCCCACCCGGUGCGGCUGCUGACAGUCGUCCGUCGGGCCACGUCCUCGGAGCAGCACUACGUCUGCCUGGCCGUGGUGCUGUCGGCCAAAGACCGCUCGCUAACCGUCUCCACCAAGGAAGAGCUGCUGCAGACUUACUCGGAUGAGUCGAGCGAAGAAGCCUCCUUCUAUGAGAUCUUGCCCUGCUGCGCUCGCUUCCGCUGCGGCGAGCUGAUCGCUGAGGGCCAGUGGCACCACCUGGUGCUGGUGAUGAGCAAAGGCAUGCUGAAGAACAGCAUGGCCACGCUCUACAUCGACGGCCAGCUCAUCAACACUGUCAAGCUUCACUACGUCCACAGUGCUCCGGGCGGCUCCGGCUCCACCAACCCUCCCGUCUUGAGCACAGUGUACGGGUAUGUGGGGACGCCGCCGGCCCAGCGCCAGCUCUCCAGCCUGGUGUGGCGUCUGGGGCCCAGCCACUUUCUGGAGGAGGUCCUCCCUGCCACCAGCGUCGCUGCCAUCUUUGAACUGGGACCCAACUACGUGGGCAGCUUUCAGGCUGUCUACCUGCCCUGUAAAGACUCGAAGACAGAGGUGGCACCUGCCUCUCCGGUGGCGCUCGUACCAGAGGAGAAGGUGUCCUUCAGUCUCUAUGCUCUCUCUGUGUCUACACUCACUGUGGCCAAGAUCAGGAAAGUUUACAACAAACUGGACAGCAAAGCCAUCGCCAAACAGCUCGCCGUGUCCUCUCAUGAAAACGCCACUCCGGUCAAACUGAUUCAUAACGCCGCCGGCCACCUCAACGGACCGGCCCGGACCAUUGGAGCUGCUGUCAUCGGAUAUUUAGGUGUCCGUGCCUUUGUGCCCAAGCCUGUGGCCACCAACUUACAGUAUGUAGGUGGGGCGGCGGCCAUCUUGGGCCUGGUUGCCAUGGCGUCAGACGUGGAGGGGCUGUACGCGGCUGUCAAAGCUUUGGUGUGUGUUGUAAAAAGCAACCCGCUGGCCAGUAAGGAGAUGGAGCGCAUCAAAGGCUACCAGCUGCUGGCGAUGCUGCUGAAGAAGAAGCGCUCGCUGCUCAACAGCCACAUCCUCCACCUCACCUUCUCACUGGUGGGAACAGUCGACAGCGGCCACGAGACCUCCAUCAUCCCCAACUCCACCGCCUUCCAGGACCUGCUCUGUGACUUCGAGGUCUGGCUCCACGCUCCCUACGAGCUCCAUCUGUCUCUGUUCGAGCAUUUCAUCGAGCUGCUGACAGAAUCCAGUGAGGCAGCUAAAAAUGCCAAACUGCUGAGGGAGUUUCAGCUGAUCCCAAGGCUGCUGCUGACCCUGAGAGACACCUCACUGUCGCAGCCCACCGUAGCUGCAAUCAGCAACGUGCUCAGUCUGCUGCUGCAGGGCUUCCCCAACCCGUAUGACCUGCUGCGGUUCGGCCAGUUCAUCUCCUCCACUCUUCCCACAUUUGCUGUGUGUGAGAAGUUUGUCGUCAUGGAAAUCAAUAACGAGGAGAAGAUUGACGGAGCUAACGAUGAUGAUUUCGGUGGUCUGCUGUCAGCCAAUCUGAUUCUGCUGAGAAACCGACUGUUGGACAACCUGCUCAGACUGCUGUUUACGACCAAAGAGAAAUGCUCCGUUAAUGCCCAAGCGUGUGAGGAGCUGGUGCGGACGCUGGGCUUUGAUUGGCUCCUGAUGUUCAUGGAGGAACAUCUCCACUCGAGCACAGUGACGGCGGCUCUGUGGAUCCUGGUGGUGCUGCUCUCCAACCAGUCCAUCCUCAACCGCUUCAAAGAGGGCCUGUGUGGAGGAGGCUGGCUGGACCACACCGACUCUGUCCUGACCAAUAAGAUCGGCACAGUGCUGGGUUUCAACGUGGGCCGCAGUGCCGGUGGACGCUCCACUUUGCGAGAGAUCAACCGGGACGCUUGCCACUUCCCAGGAUUCCCUGUGCUGCAGACGCUGCUGCCCAAACACACCAACGUGCCCGAGCUCUACUUCCUGCUCAUGGCCCUCUUCCUUCAGCAGCCGGUCACUGAGCUGCCAGACAGCCUGCAGGUACAUUUUGACCUGGACUCCAUCUGGACCUUCAUCUUUGGCAUGCCGGCCUCCAGCGGGACAGUGGUGGGCUCCAUCCACAGUGUGUGCACCGAGGCGGCCUUCCUGCUGCUGGCCAUGCUCCGCAGCAUGCUCAACCUGCCGUGGCAGUCAGAGGAGGAGGGCUCCUGGCUCAGGGAGUACCCCGUCACCCUCAUGCAGUUCUUUAGGUAUCUUUACCACAACGUACCCGACCUGGGACCGAUGUGGCACAGUCCUGAGUUCCUUUGCGCCCUGGCAGCCACCGUCUUCCCUUUCAACAUCAGGCCCUACUCUGAGAUGGUCAGUGAUUUGGACGAUGAAGCUGGUUCUCCAACCGAGGAGUUCAAGGCCUUCGCCGGGGACUCCGGUAUGAACCGCAGCCAGUCUGAAUACUGUAACGUGGGCUCCAAGACGUCCCUGACCAACCACCCGGCCAAAAAGUAUGUCUUCGACUUCAUGAGGGUCCUCAUCAUGGACAACCUGUGCAUGACCCCGGCCAGCAAGCAGACGCCCAUCAUCGACCUGCUGCUGGAGGCCUCCCCAGAGCGCUCCACCAGAACUCAGCAGAAGGAGUUUCAGUCAAACAUCCUGGACGGCGUCAUGGAGCAUCUGCUGGCUGCUGACGUCCUGCUAGGUGAAGAUGCCUCCCUGCCCCUCAGCAGCAGCGGCAGUUAUCAGAUCCUGGUCAACAACGUCUUCUACUUCACUCAGCGGGUGGUGGACAAGCUGUGGCAGGGCAUGUUCAACAAGGACUCCAAGCUGGUGGUGGACUUCAUCGUGCAGCUCAUAGGACAGUCUAAGAGGCGCUCCCAGGGUCUCUCCCUCGACACCAUCUACCACUGUCUGAACCGGACGGUGCUCUACCAGCUCUGUCGACCCCACAAGACGGUGGCUCAGCAGGUGGCCCUGCUGGACGCCCUGCGGGUCCUGACCGUCAACCGCAACCUGGUGCUCGGGCCGGGAAACCACGACCAGGACUUUGUGGCCUGCCUGGCUCACUGCUUCAUCUGCCUGCACAGCGGGAGCAGCGUGGAGGGCUUCGGUCUGGAGGCGGAGGCCAGGAUGACAACCUGGCACGUAAUGAUCCCCACGGAAAACGAGGCUGAUGCUACGCACAGCCACGACGUCAGCGAGGGGCGGCAGCUGCUGCUGAAGGCGGUGAACCGCGUGUGGACCGAGCUGAUGCACAGCAAGCGUCAGAUGCUGGAGGACAUCUUCAAAGUGUCCCUGCCCUGUAACGACAGAGGCCACGUGGACAUCGCCACAGCCCGGCCGGCCCUGGAGGAGCCAGCCCUGAAGAGCUGGCAGAACCACCUGGUCCAUGAGAAGAAGUGUAUCAGUCGUGGAGAAGCAGUGGUGCCGGCGACCCAGUCCAAACUGUCCAGAGUCAGCAGCGGCUUCGGUCUCUCCAAGCUGACGGGCGUCCGCCGAAACAAGAAGGAGAACAGCCUGAACAAGAACAGCCUGUCUGCACAGGAGACUUUCCAGUGGAUGUUCACGCACAUCGCUGUUGUUAGAGACCUGGUGGCCAUGCAGUACAAAGAAUAUCAGGAGCGGCAGCAGAACGCCCUCAAGUACGUGACCGAGGAGUGGGCAUCCAUCGAGUACGAGCUCCUGCGUGAACGUGGCCUCUGGGGCCCCCCCAUCGGCUCCCACCUCGACAAGUUUGUGCUGGAGAUGACGGAGGGGCCCUGCCGGAUGAGGAAGAAGAUGGUCCGCAAUGACAUGUUCUACAUCCACUACCCGUACAUCCCCGAGACGGAGACAAACACCAACUCAGCACAGAAGCCUCUGCGUUACCGGCGAGCCAUCAGCUACGACAGUAAGGAGUACUACAUGCGUUUGCUGUCCGGAAACCCCGGCAUGUACCAGCACUCUGUGGAGCACACCACAGAGGGGGAGACCACACAGCACGAGCCCGAGCACGGAGAGGACACCAUCGCCAGAGUCAAAGGUCUGGUGAAGGCUCCUCUGAAGAGGUCUCGGUCCACGGCGGACGGCGCAGACGAGGACAGUCAGGAGCAGCUUCAGGAGCAGCUGUUAGAGUCAGGAGGCCCCGAGGAGGAGCAGAGGACCGACAACACGUCACUGCUGCGCCUCCUGGAGGAGGGAGAGAAGAUCCAGCACAUGUACCGCUGUGCCAGAGUGCAGGGUCUGGACACCAGCGAGGGUCUGCUGCUGUUCGGCAAAGAGCACUUCUACGUCAUCGACGGCUACACCAUGACCGUGUCCAGAGAGAUCAGGGACAUCGACACGCUGCCGCCCAAUUUGCACGAGGCGAUCAUCCCCAGAGGAGCAAGACAAGGCCAGAGCCAGCUGAAGAGAACCUGCAGCAUCUUCGCCUACGAAGACAUCAAGGAGGUGCACAAGAGACGCUACCUGCUGCAGCCCAUGGCAGUGGAAGUCUUCUCAGCAGACGGGAGGAACUACUUGUUGGCCUUCCAGAAAGGGGUCCGCAACAAAGUUUACCAAAGGUUCUUGGCUGUGGUGCCUUCACUGGCCGACAGCUCAGAGUCAGUUUCAGGUCAGAGGCCUAACACCAGCGUUGAACAAGGAUCGGGCCUCCUCAGCACACUGGUUGGUGAGAAGUCAGUGACUCAAAGAUGGGAGCGAGGAGAGAUCAGUAACUUCCAGUACCUGAUGCAUCUAAACACGCUGGCUGGACGCUCCUACAACGACCUGAUGCAGUACCCCGUCUUCCCCUGGAUCCUGGCCGACUAUGACUCAGAGGAGCUGGACCUGAGCAACCCCAAGACUUUCCGUAACCUCGCCAAGCCGAUGGGCGCGCAGACCGACGAUAGACUGACACAGUACAAGAAGCGGUACAAGGACUGGGAAGACCCCAACGGUGAAACCCCAGCCUACCACUACGGCACCCACUACUCAUCAGCCAUGAUCGUAGCCUCGUAUCUGGUCCGAAUGGAGCCCUUCACGCAAAUUUUCCUCAGACUUCAGGGAGGUCAUUUCGACCUGGCUGACAGGAUGUUCCACAGCGUGCGCGAGGCCUGGCUCUCUGCCUCCAAACACAACAUGGCCGACGUCAAGGAGCUCAUCCCCGAGUUCUUCUAUCUGCCGGAGUUCAUGCUCAACUCCAACAACUUCGACCUGGGUGCCAAGCAGAAUGGCACCAAGCUGGGUGACGUGAUCCUGCCACCUUGGGCCAAGGGCGACCCGCGAGAGUUCAUCAGAGUCCACAGAGAGGCUCUGGAGUGCGACUACGUGUCGGCCCACCUCCACGAAUGGAUCGACCUGAUUUUCGGCUACAAGCAGCAGGGUCCGCCGGCCGUGGAGGCGGUCAACGUCUUCCACCACCUGUUCUACGAGGGUCAGGUGGACAUCUACAACAUCAACGACCCGCUCAAAGAGACAGCCACCAUCGGCUUCAUCAACAACUUCGGACAAAUCCCCAAACAGCUGUUUAAGAAGCCCCACCCUCCCAAACGGGUACGCAGCAAAGCCAACGGGGACGUAGCGAGCAUUCCUCCGAGCUCCAACAGCGACAAGAUCUUCUUCCAUCAUCUGGACAAUCUCAGACCUUCUCUAGCACCUGUCAAAGAGCUGAAGGAGCCCGUGGGACAGAUCGUGUGCACAGACAAGGGCAUCCUGGCUGUGGAGCAAAACAAAGUUCUGGUUCCCCCCACCUGGAGCAAGACCUUCGCCUGGGGCUACGCCGACCUCAGCUGCCGUCUGGCUAACUACGAAUCUGACAAGGCGUUGGUGGUUUACGAGUGUCUGUCAGAGUGGGGUCAGAUCCUCUGUGCCAUAUGUCCAAACCCGAAGCUGGUUAUCACCGGUGGCACCAGCACGGCCAUCUGUGUGUGGGAGACGGGAACCUCCAAGGAGAGGGCCAAGUCACUCGUCCUCAAACAGGCUUUACUGGGCCACACAGACGCUGUAACGUGUCUGACGGCGUCGUCGGCGUACCACAUCGUUGUCAGCGGCUCCCGGGAUCGAACCUGCAUCAUCUGGGACCUCAACAAGCUUUCCUUCGUCACACAGCUCAGGGGACACCGGGCGCCCGUCUCUGCUCUGUGUAUCAAUGAACUGACGGGGGACAUCGUCUCCUGUGCAGGAACCUACAUCCACGUGUGGAGCAUUAACGGCAGCCCCAUCGCCAGCGCCAACACCUUCACAGGACGCAGCCAGCAGAUCCUGUGCUGCUGCGUGUCGGAGAUGAACGAGUGGGACACGCAGAACGUCAUCGUCACCGGCCACUCCGAUGGUGUCGUCAGGUUUUGGAGAAUGGAGUUCCUCCAAGUCCCAGAAACCCCUGCUCCAGAACCAGUUGAGCCAGAUGUGCCUGACUGCUGUGGCGAGGAGAAGAUUGAAGGCGGCGAGAGUCACAACGGUGACGACGACAGCAGUGAGUCAGACGGAGACGAGCCCAGUCUGAGCCAGGAGCCCAAAGCGCCGCGCAACCCCUCGACAGGUGGAGGCAGUCAGCCAGGCAGCACCGUCCACAGACCCAGAGGUCCCUCAGCCCGAACUGGAGCGUCCUGGUCGAUGGACAGCGGCUCUGACGACUCUCACCGCUGGUCAGACACCCUCAGCAUCGACGAGAAGGACGGCUUCGUGUUCGUCAACUACUCUGAGGGCCAAACCAAAGGCCCUCACCCUCAUCCAGCUCACCCAGGACAGAGCUCAGUUCCUCAGCCUCUCCAGCCCUCCACCAUGGAGGCACGGACGUAUAACCAGCUCAGGGCAGGCUACAGAUGGGAGCGCCAGCUGGUCUUCCGGAGCAAACUCACCAUGCACACAGCGUUUGAUCGCAAGGACAAUGCUCACCCAGCAGAGAUCUCCUCCCUCGCCAUCUCCAAGGACCACAGUAAGAUCCUGGUGGGCGACGGGCGCGGCCGGGUCUUCAGCUGGUCGGUCAGUGACCAGCCGGGCCGUUCGGCGGCCGAUCACUGGGUGAAGGACGAGGUGGUCGACAGCUGCUCCGGCUGCACGGUUCGAUUCUCCCUCACUGAGCGACGCCACCACUGCAGGAACUGCGGUCAGCUCUUCUGCCAGAAGUGCAGUCGUUUCCAAUCAGAGAUCAAGAGGCUGAAGAUCUCGUCACCGGUGCGAGUUUGUCAGAACUGUUAUUACAACCUGCAACACGAGCGAAGCGUCGAGGACGGCUGCAGAAACUGAGCUUCACCUCCACCUGCCGCCAUCAAGAGAAACACCUCCCCUUGAGGACUCCUACCUGAGGAGCAUUCCAUUCCUCCAUCUUGCCUUGUUGUUCCCUCAGCACCUCCCACAUAACCCCAAACUCUCUCUUCCUCAAAACCACCUUUACCCCCUUCGUUUGUACAGUAACCACAUGUACUGUAACACACUGACAGACUGUAACAGGAGGGAAUGUCGGCUGUUUCAUCAUCGUGACGGUAAAACUCAGCAGAGGAGACACGGAAAAGAUGUGGAUAACAGAUUCGAAAGGAAAUGAAAAAAACUCAAUCACCACUUCACCACCUGCACUCGUCACCUGGAGGAAAAAAAAAAAAAAGCAAAACCACGCUCGACGCGGCACGCUUGAGUCAAUCACCUGCCAUUGUUGCUCUGAGAUCAAGAACAGGAAAAACUGCUUCCUCUUUCACUGCAAGAUAUAACAAAAACUUGUUUAUAGUGUAAAUACUUACCAUGGCCUUUUUAACUCUAAGAGGAACAAACGGAACAAAAAAUAAGGUCAAUGAGAAAAAAAACAAACAGAAACAAAACAAAUUGCCUGUAACAUAGCGAUGUGACUAACCACUCCUGGCUUUAAAAAAAAAAAGAAGAAAAAAAUCGAUUGUGUGUAGUCUGCGUCACGAGUCACGGCAAGUUCAGAGGAAUAACACGGAGGGGAGGGAGGGAUAUGAAUGUCAAUAUUAAUGUCUGUGGGUUGAAUUUACUAGUGGGUCUAGUUAUGCAAAAUUACUUAUUUUCUUUAUAAUUUUUUGUUGUUGUUGUUUACAAAAAUGUGAUUUAUUUUGUGAGUGUGCGUUGCCCACAGUGUCAAGCCAUCACCAUCAGAGAGAUUUAUUAUCAGAUCGUCUUUUCCUUUUAUUUUUUGCCAAAUUGUAUCAAUUAUGAUGAUUUUUUGAAAAUAACCUAUCAUCUAUUCUGUCCUUUAUAUGAAUUCCUAUUUGGAGAAUCUUUGUCGUUGCUGCUUUUUGAAGACUGGACACAUUAUCAUUUCAGAUUUUAUUUUAUUUUUUAUGUUUUUAAAGAACCAUAUCACUCAUUUAUUUUCAAGAUUUUUCCUAUUUAAACAUCAUGGGUUCAUCAUCUGUGAAAUAUUAUGAAUUAGGUAAAAAAACAAUGCACGAUGCGCACAUGUAAUAUUGCUGCACAUUUAAUAUCCAUCAUUUCUUUUUCAUUUAGUUACUGUACAGCGCUGAAGCAGCUUUUUCAAUGCACACAGAAAAGGGACUCCUCGUAUGAACUAUUUUAUUUCUAUACAGAUUUGUCGUUUGCUGGACUUCACUCUGAUCCUGUGGCAUUAUUAGCAAACGUGGCACUCCAUACACUUUAUCCUCAGUCCUCGUAGAUGUUAAACUGGAGGAGCAGCAGCCAAGCACCUUUUUCAAAGAGUUGUUUUCAGUAACAGAGAGAGAGUACGUAGAGAUGUAAAUAAUCAUUUGGGCCAUGAAAUCAUGAAAUGAAUUUACGAUGGUGUAACUGCUGUUUGACCCUUUUAGGCUUUAUGUUGCAGCUGUGGUACAGAUGCAGGGAAUAACUGUAACUCCUGAGCCCAGCAGAGGAGGAUACAACUGUAUUUUCAGGUGACAGUUUACAUUGACGUUGUACUACAUGCAUAUCAGCUACUUUUCUUCACACUAAUUUGUGCCAUGUUUAUGCUCCGUAAUGUUUCCUAAUCAGACCAGUCAACUUGGUUUGGAUGGCCAGGAACCAAUUUAAUAGUUUCGUUCUCUUAUUUGUAGACUAAAGAUUAGUUGAUGGAAGGUUUUGGUAAGGUUAAAUUUUAAAAGAAAAAAUGGCUUCAAUGAGCUUAGAAUUGAGGGAUUCCUGUGGACGAAUCUAUGAGGUUUAAUUUGUGCCUUAUGAUUUAGUACGUUUAUCCAGGCUCUUUCACACUGCUUCAGCUUUUAUUGUGAGUUUGCCUGGUCAUUAUCCCUGCUGCUGUGUCACUGUCCACUCUGGAGUUGUCUCAUAAAUUCACAUCGGGCACAGACGUGGGCCAAGAGCGGGAAAAAACACAAAGACAAAAAAAGGACGAGGACGGUAUCAAAGUAAAGGACAUGAAGACGAGACGUUUCAUCAUUAUAAUGUAGUCAGAAAAACAGAUGAGGAACUACUAACAACACAAAUCAUGAUGGACACGAUGCAGGGAUAAUGAAACAACAAUGACAAAGCAAAUGCAGAUCGAUGGCUAAGAUCAUGUGUUGUCAUGUCUUUAAAUAGGCCUGUUUGCUCUGGUGCACGUCACAGAUAAUCUACAGUUUUAUUAUGUCAAGGAAAAUACUCUGAAUCCUUUAUCUCACAUACCUGGUUUUCACUGGGCUCUUGUGUGACCUCUGCAGUGUUAGUUUGAAUUGUGAAAAAUGUUUUUAUGUAGUGUCAUUUUUGAUGUUACCACUAGGAGUCGCCAAAAUCCGAAAUUUAAAAAGAAAGUAACUUCAUGGAAACUAACUACUAAAUAUGUAAUGAGGUUUAAAAACGACAUAUAAAAUCACACUUUGGCACAAAUUAAACAUACACGUCUGUCAUAUUGAAACGUUAAUAUCAGAGUUAAUUAUGUGUUUUCUGUUGUUUAACGUAACAGUUUACUGCGUGUACAUGUUAGUUAUUCGUCACCACAAAAUACAGUUUUCUCGGAUGUCUGCCGCUGCUGGUCUCAGUAGUUAAACGUAUAAAGACUGAACACGUUUCCUUUGGUUUGUUACUCCCUUCUUCUCGCUUCGUACACGUUCAUGUUGUUUUGUUUGUGUUUCUGUGGGCAACAACUGUGCAUUCAAGUGCUGCUUUCUUUCCUUCCUAGAGAGAUUUUGUUUUGAUUCCCACUAGUCUUCACAGAGUCUCAAACAUGUACAAACAAAAAAAGAAAACACUUUUCAGAAAGUACUUUAAUAUUCACCCCACACACACACACACACACACACACACAGAUCUCCCCCUCUGACGUUGUACUAAUAAUAUGCACUCUUGUUAUUGUCGUCAUUCUUAUAUCAUCCUGCAUUUACGUACUGUAAUUUAGCGUGCAAUCAUGCCAUCUAGCUGAAAAAGGCCGAGUCGGCUUCUAUCAAUCAAGAGUUCCUUUGCACCUUCACGUGUACAAAAAAGAAAAGUCAAGAGGAAUCACAGGUUUUUAUUGAAUGCAGUUUUACGUUGUCAUUUUAACAGAAAGGUGCAUUUCACAGCAGAUAAAUGAACUGUACAAAGUAUUUAUGCAAUUAUAACUGGUUUUAGAUUUUUUUAAUGAUUAUUGCGAUUUCAGCAAGUUUUGUUACUUGUUGCAUGUCUAUUAACACAGCUGACUUUCUGUGUCAGUGCAUUGUACAUGUUCCCGGCAUUAUAUUAUCUUUUUUUUUGGUUGUUGUUGUUGGGUUUAUUAUUGUUUUGGGUUUUUUUUUCGGAGGCAUUGUCUGAUGAGUUGCCCCCGAGUGACCGAGCGUCAGGUCCGUGUAUAGAGCUGCAGAUUGUGUCCCCGACUCUGGGUGGACUUUUGUACUCUUUAUGGAAAAAAAGAGGACUAGAUGAGAGAAGAAGAAGAAGAAGAUAACGAUGAGGAAGAAGAAAAAAAAGAGAAAAUCUUGGAUUAUUUUGGUGGUCUUGUAUUAGACUGCAUUACUACAGUAUCUGGUGUGCAAUCUGUGAUAGCUGAAUGUUCCUUGUAUAUUUGUGUUCACUACAUCCUACAAGAGAAAAAACAGUAGAGUAACCCCCCGCCCCCCUUACAGAAACAAAAUGUUACAAUAAUGCAAUAGAUCUGGUACUUAUUCUUUUUAAUUUCAUUUCAAUAAAUAAUUGCUGUUUACCACCAAA